AUGCUCACUAUCACGCAGUCUUGGGAAAUAAGGCCACUUCCUCUGAGACAAAGUGGCAAAUUAAUGACAGGCUCUAAGAGACCAGGUUCUCCAGGCUAUGAAAAUCUGUUGAAUUUGGGAGGCAAAGACCAAGGAACUUGUCUGUCGACGGGACUCGGACUUGCUGGUAUGAGUGCCGUAAAUGUGACUGGGGGCACAGUUGGAGCACCCGGUGGCGGCGGUGCGGGAGCGGGGGGAUGCGGAGGAGCAAUUGCUGGAGCUGGUACAGCAGCAAUAGGACCAGGACACGGAGAGGCAGCAGGCGCAGGCGUGGGUGUUGGAUCUGCGGAAGAGCUGGUCUACCAGAGUGGUCAAAGUCUUGCCUCGCCUCCAGGAAUGGGCAUUCAGACAGCAAAUGCGGCUGUCAGGCAAAUUACGCCUAACCAAGAGGUGAUCACUUCUAAUUAUCAUAUUCAACAAUGCCAAAGCCAUCGAGUUUAA